AGCCAAGAGGCUCCGCUUGCAACCGCUUCUACUCGGAACACCCAGGAGUCUGAGCUUUGACUGCUCUUUUGAGCCAAGAAUCUGGGUCCCCAGAUUGCGCGUCCUGUGGAACCCGGGAGUCCGUGCCCCCAACUCCUAUGGCUCUAGAUCUAGGAAUUUUUCUACCAACACCACCCCGCCCUCUGUGACAUUUGGGACCCAGGGAUUCGACCCACCAGUUCUUGCUCCACAAGUCCCAGUGUAAAUGACGCUUAGGGGACUCAUUUUGUUCCUCCCUGAUCCUUAAAUACAGGAAUCCAACCACUGUUCUUUUGGGGACCCAGGAGUCGGGGACCUCAGCUUAGAAACCUUCUGAAGCCCAGAGAUCGGUACCUCUUUCAUCUUACAGGUCCAGGAGACAGAAACCCUAACUCACAGAUCCCAUUACACUGAGGCUCGGUCCCCAACCCCCUGCGAUCCAAUGUCCAAGAUUUCAUCCGUCCUGGAAGGCGGGGCUGGAGCAUACGGGGAGGGAGGGGGCAGAAAUGGAGAGGGAAAAGUGAGGUGAGACUAGGGUGGGGACGUGGGCUGAGGGUCUCUGUCAUAAACAAAUGCUAAACAGGCGGGUAGCCGUGGCAACGGCCUUCCCGGGCCUCCCCUGGAGACACCACUAGGGCAGUGUCGGGGAGGGCAGCCCCCAGGAGCCCCAACUCCUCCAGCUGUUGUGUCUUCCUGUUUUGUCACCAUGGCGACAGUGACCUCAGCCUUUUACCCCCCACCUCCGUCAGAGCGGGUGUCUGAUUUCAUCUGCUUCCACAGCCGGAUCUUUCUCCGUCGGGGUCCUCACCUAAGACCACUGCCAUGCCGGUGACAGUGACCCGCACGACCAUCACGACCACCACCACCUCAGGCCUGGGCUCCCCAACCAUUCUGGGGUCCCCUCGGGCACUGACCCAGCCCCUGGGCCUCCUUCGCCUGCUACAGCUGUUUUCCACCUGUGUGGCCUUCUCGCUAGUGGCCAGCGUGGGCGCUUGGAAUGGGUUCAUGGGGAACUGGUGCAUGUUCGCCUGGUGCUUUUGCUUCGCCAUGACCCUCCUCAUUAUCAUCGUGGAGGUAGGUGGGCUCCAGCCACGCUUCCCACUGUCCUGGCGCAACUUCCCCAUCACCUAUGCCUGUUAUGCUGCCCUCUUCUGCCUCUCGGCCUCCGUCAUCUACCCCACUACCUUGGUCCAGUUCAUGUCUCCUGGCCGCUCAAGGGACCACGCCAUUGCUGCCACCGUCUUCUCCUGCAUCGCCUGUGUGGCUUAUGCCACUGAGGUGGCCUGGACCCGGGCCCGGCCCGGCGAGAUCACCGGCUACAUGGCCACAGUGCCAGGCCUGCUUAAAGUGGUUGAGACUUUCGUGGCCUGCAUCAUCUUUGCCUUCAUCGUGGACUCUUACCUGUACAAGUACAAGGCAGCCCUGGAGUGGUGCGUGGCCGUCUAUGCCAUCUGCUUCAUCUUGGCGGCCGUGGCCAUCCUGCUGAACCUGGGCGACUGCACCAACAUGCUGCCCAUCCCCUUCCCCACUUUCCUGUCUGGGCUGGCCCUGCUCUCCGUCCUUUUCUACGCCUCGGCAAUGGUACUCUGGCCUCUCUACCAGUUCGACGAGAAGUACGGCGGCCAGCCCCAGCGGCGGAUGGAUUCAAACUGCCGUAAUAGUCACACCUACAGCGUGUGCGCCUGGGACUCCCGCCUGGCUGUGGCCAUCUUGACGGCCAUCAACCUGCUGGCUUAUGUGGCCGACCUGGUGUACUCAGCCCACCUGGUCUUUGUCAGAGUCUGAGGCUCUGACCAGGAGCUCCCAAUUCCCUCCUCUCUCCAGAGGUUUUUUCACUGAGUUCACUGAUGUCCUCUACCUGGCUUCCCUCUCCUCCCUUGUUUCCUUCCCCAUUCAGCUCACUCUCUUCUGUUUCAUUCACUCCUGCUCUCCCGUCCUGUUUAUCGGUCUCCUUCCCUUCCUGUUUUGUUUGGUUGCACAUAAUCUGUUUUGUCUCCAUUUUGCCUCUUUCUCUUUUCACUCUCUUCUACUUAGUCUGUUGGUUGGUUCUUUUCUGGCUGUCCUGUUUGUUUUCUAAUCUGCCCAUUUCCUCUUCCCAUUUUCCUUCUUUUGAUUUCCUUGGGAGCCCUGAAACUUUUUUGUUCUCCCCCCACUACCCCCACCUCCAAAGGUGCUGAACUCCACCAUGCCAUACCCCUCUUUGCAGCUGUUCAGACCCUGGGCCUCCUGCGGGGCCUUAUUGCCAAAGCAUGCCUGCCCUCCCUGGCUGUGCCUUAGUAGAUGUGUAUGUGUGUUUUUUGGGGGUUGGGGGGGAUAGCUAGGGAAAAAAAAUCCCUAGAGGUCAGUCAUUUCCAGUGGGCUGGAGGCCUAAAGUGCUUUCCCUGGGUCCCGAGGCCCCACCUGGCACUUAGCCUCACCUGAGAUCGGCUCUACAACUUUUGCCAGGCUUACGAAAAACCCACUGCCUAGAGGCCAUCUUAAAGGAAGCAAAGGGUGGUUGGUGGAUGCCUUCCCCCCCAGCUACUCCCUGGAGUAUCAAAAAAGGAGCUGGAGGGGGUAGCCAGUUAGCUCAGAUGGUUUAGAGUGCAGUGCUCUUAACAACAAGGUUGCCGGUUUGAUCCCUGCAUGGGCCACUGUGAGCUGUGCCCUACACACACACAAAAAAAAGCUGGCAAAGAACCACAAUGUGUUGAAGGCAACUAUCUGAUGUAUUUGUGAGGGGCAGUGAUAUGGCCCUCCAGCCUCAGUGUUGAAAAUAGCAUGAACUGCCUUUGCUGGGAGGUGGAGAAAAUGGCCACUGCUGGCCUUAAAGGGAAUGUUAGCCUGGGUUUUUUUUUUGUUUUUGUUUUUCCCUUUUCUUUUUCCUGGUUGCUAGGGCAAACAUUACUGGGUGGACCUAUUCUUAAAGGGGACGUUUCUUUUCAAAAAUUUUUUUUUAUUUGUGGGUGGGUUGGGCAGGUGGGGAUUGCUGCUGCCAUAGUCAGAGGAAUUGCAUUGCUUGAAUCUGUGAUACACACACGUUUCUGUGUGCUAGUUGCUUCCUGCUGCUGCUUCUUCCUGCUUCUCUGGGAGUCACAUGCAUAACAUGAUAUAUAAAUAUAUAUUUUAUUUUUUUUAUUCCCUGGAGCUUCUGGUUCCCAUCAGCCCCUGAUGUCAAUCAUAGAGGGAGGCCUUAUCCUUUCCCCACUACCACACCCAUGUUUUAAAACAAUUUUUUUUACCUCGAUAUAAAGAUAAAAGGAAGA